CUUCUAAAUAUUUUCUUCUUUUUUCGAUUCAAUGGCGCGUACAAAGCAAACUGCUCGCAGAUCCACCCUUGGUAAGGCACCAAGGAAGCAACUCGCCACAAAGGCUGCUCGAAAAUCUGUGCCAACAACCGGCGGAAUCAAGAAGCCUCAUCGUUAUCGUCCUGGAACAGUUGCUCUUCGUGAGAUACGUAAGUAUCAGAAGGGUACCGAACUUUUGAUUCGUAAACUUCCAUUCCAGCGUCUUGUUCGUGAAAUUGCUCAGAAUUUCAAGACAGAUUUGAGAUUCCAGAGCCAUGCAGUUCUCGCACUUCAGGAAGCAGUGGAAGCUUAUUUGGUUGGUUUGUUUGAGGAUACCAAUUUGUGUGCAAUUCAUGCUAAGAGGAUCACCGUUAUGGUGAAGGAUAUUCAACUUGCUCGUCGUAUCCGUGGUGAACGAGCUUAGGGUUAUAGACUAGUUACUAUUCUGGUAUUGGAAUGAUUUCAGGGUUUUGAUUUAGUUUUUUUUUUUUAUCAGUUAUCUUUUAUGCUUCCGUAACCAUGGUGAUCAUGUUUAGGGUUACAUAUUCUUAUCAGUUUUUCCUUUCUCUGCAAAUUAUUCCACUUAAAUAAUUU